AAACCCUAUCUGUGAAUGGCAAGUGACAAUUAAGCUGCAUCUUAUGGAGCAGACUGGACAUAAGCAACAGACUUCGGGUGUCACUGUCUCCCAUCACCCCCAGAUGGGACCAUCUAGUUGUAGGAAAACAAGUUCAGGGCUCCCACUGACUCUGCAUUAUGCCCAUCUGCCAGGCGGCCUAUCAGAAUAACUUGGGUCAAGUGUGGCAGUGGGUGAGGGAAGACGGCAACUGUAUCAACGUUCAAGAUGGCUUUAAUGGAGACACCCCCCUGAUCUGCGCUUGCAGGCGAGGGCACCUGAGAAUCGUUUCCUUCCUUCUGAGAAGAAACGCUGAUGUGAACCUCAAAAACCAGAAACAGAGAACCUGCUUGCAUUAUGCUGUGAAGAAAAGAUUUACCUUCUUUGAUUAUCUACUCAUUAUCCUCUUAAUGCCUGUCCUGCUUAUUGGCUAUUUCCUCAUGGUAUCAAAGACAAAGCAGAAUGAGUCUCUUGUACGAAUGCUACUUAACGCUGGUGCAGAAGUUAAUGCUAUAGAUUGUUAUGGCUGCACUGCGCUACAUUAUGCCUGCAAAAUGAAAAACCAGACUCUCAUUCCUCUGCUCCUUGAAGCCCAUGCAGACCCCAUGAUAAAGAAUAAGCAUGGUGAGAGUUCCCUGGAUAUUGCACGGAGAUUAAAAUUUUCCCAGAUUGAAUUACUGCUAAGGAAAGCAUCAUAAUCGUUAUGACCUCAUAGGAAGAAGUACAAAAAGGACUGGAUUCUAUUUCCAUCUUGGACUGUUGGUCUGUAGACCACUCAAUCUGGAGGUCACCAUGGUAUGAGGAUAACUAUGGUUGCCAUGGGUAAUGUUUUGGAAGAGCUUUGUAUUUCUAAUGUUUUUUGCUCAGUGGAGUUCACUGUGGUCAAAAUCCUUCUAGCGGAAACACUAUAGCUGUCGGAUUCUCCACUUCAGUCAAAAAAGGGUGAUGUUUCAAACUCAGUCUCCCCUGAAGGAGAGGAUCAGCGUUAUCCAUGUUAUCUGUUUUCAGUUGUGUUGCUCUUAUAAAGAGGCUGUCCUGUCCAUAUCCUGCCCCAGGACAAAAACUGUUCUUCUGAGGCUCCUUUGAGUAGUAAGAGGAAGAAUCAAAGCAUGCACAUUUGUAUAGAAUGGUGUGUGUAUGUGUGCCGGUUUAGAGAUUCGUAUAUACAUAUUCCAGCUUCAACAAAAUCGUCUAUCAGUUGUCACCACAGAUAUUGGCAAAUGCUACAAGUCAGAGCCUUGUUUUCCUUUCCAAGGAGCCAGUGUACCAGCAUACCUCUAGAUGUUUUGCUAUCAGUUUACAAAUAAGAGCCAUCUUGAUUUUGAACAAGAUUAUGUAACUAUCAAGUUGUUUAUUGAAAAAUAGCUUUAUGAUUCUCUUGUGAAUGCAAGGCAGUUACUAAUCUUGUUAGGACUGUUUAUUUUUUAUUCACAAAAUUAAAACUAUUACUGUCAAUUAUUUGGAUAAAGUAAUUCUUUACAAGAAAGAGAGCUAUAUGAUGAGGUAGUGUCUGGAUUAUACUUCUAGAGGAGAGAUUGUGAAUAUCAAUAUAUCUCUCUCAAGUCCUUUGUCAGUGACACAGAGCAGAAAUAAGCACAUUUAAAAAUGACUGAGGGCUUCCCUGGUGGCGCAGUGGUUAAGAAUCCGCCUACCAACGCAGAGGACACAGGUUCGAGCCCUGGUCUGGAAGAUCCCACAUGCCGCGG